UCAACCCCGGGACCCGGUGGAAGCGACACAAAGGGGAGGGGGACCCUCGUAACCACGGAAACCAGCCCCCCCGCCGGCCCGUGACCCCGGUAACCGACCCCGUGACCCCGGUAACCGCCCCCCCCGCGCUGCCCGUCGCCCCGCGACCCCGGUAACCGCCCCGUGGGGGGGGGGAGCCCCCAUGGCGCGGCGGCGGCUGGAGCGGGAGGAGGCGGCCCGGGGCCCCGCACAGCUCCGCAUCCGGCACCAGCUGCCGCUGAGCAGCGACCCACACGGGAUCUACAGCCUCCGCUUCGCGCCGGCCGGGCGCUGCCUGGCAGCCGGGUUCGGCAACGGGGCCGUGCAGAUUGUGAACGUGGCCACAGCCUCCCUGCACUCGUCCCUUUUCCGAGGACACCGUACGCGCCACGCGAUCACUGCCUUGGCCUACCACCCGUGCAGACCCAGCCUGCUCCUGGCUGUGGGGGCUGAUGGCAUCAUCUCUCUCUACAGCAUGGACUCAGAGACACUGCUGGCAACAGUGACAGAGAAGGAGAAUGAGAUCAAUGCCAUGGAUUUCUGCAUGGACGGCAGCACCUAUGCCACAGCUGGCAAGGACCGACAUAUUCGGCUCUAUGACAGCCACACCAACCAGCUGUCCCACAUUCUGCAGGCUCCUGACUUCAUGACUGGUGAUGUGACACCAAGCAGUGGGCACUCGCGCCGCAUCUUUGCCCUCCGUUUUCACCCUGGAGAGCGCCAUAUGUUCCUGACAGCUGGCUGGGAUGACUGUGUGAAGAUCUGGGACAAGCGGAUGGCAAAGGAGGCUCAGAGAGUGAUCAAUGGGCCUCACAUCUGUGGCCCAGGCCUCGACAUCCAGGGUAACCGCGUGCUCACUGGCUCCUGGGUGCCCCAAAAUGCACUUCAGCUCUGGGAUCUACGGACAUCCCAACUGCAGAAGAACCUCCCCUUUCCUGGGGGCCCCACGCAGGGCCAGUUCCUCUACGCAGCCCGGUUCUGUGACCAGGACAUAGUGGUGGCUGGGGGCAGCGGCACCAGUGGAGCCAGCGCCAUCCACACUGGCACUAACCAGGUGCUCGGCGAGAUCCUGCUGCCCAACAAACCGGUGCAGGCUGUGGCAGUAGCACCCGGUGGGCGGGUGGUGGCUGUGGCUGGCGUGGGAGGGAAUCUCCACAUCGCAGACCUGCACUGAGCCCCAGCAGAGAGGGGGUGAGAAGGGGACAAACCUGGGAGUCACAAUCCCCCCCAUCUACAGCUCCUCUGAUCUAUGGCUCUCCCACAUGAUUCUGCCCCGCCAGGACUAUGGCCCUCUGUGAUGUCUGGGAACACAGGCCCCCCAGACCCUCCUUCCCAACUCCCCUGCACCCCUCUGUGAGACCUGGAGCAUCCAGACCCCUGGGCACCUGCUGGCAUCUAAUAAACUUCCUGCACCUGAA